UGGCCUACAUCACCGUCAUGUUUGUGGUGAACACCGUGUGUUUUAUUAAGUUUAAAACAUACACUCAUCAGCUGAUGCAGGUGAAAGAUGAGAGGCUGAAAGUGCUCAGCGAGGUUCUGAAUGGGAUAAAGGUUAUCAAGCUCUAUGGUUGGGAGCCCAUGUUUGCAGAGAAAGUGGCAGAGAUUCGAAACAGAGAGCUGAAGAUUCUACUCAAACUGUCAUUCAUAGAUAUCGUGGAAACUUUUUCGUGGACUGUCUCGAUUUUUUGGAUGCUGUACUUCAUCCUUAUGACCUUCGUGCUUGUGGAUAGCUCCCAUCACCUGGACGCCAACUCUAGCUUCGUGACCUUGAACUUCAUAAACCUGCUACGACUAGCCACCAACGUGCUUCCGGUGUUAAUUCAAGCCUCUGCCAAGGUAGUGACAUCUGUGAAAAGACUCAACAAAUAUCUCAACUCUGAGGAUAUCAGCCGGCAGAGUCUUUACAGGAAUACAGAUGAUGAGCUUCCAGUGAGAAUCUCAGAGGCUGACUUUUCCUGGGAAAAGAACGGGCCCCUCUCCUUAAAGAGGGCAUCAACUUGUCGGGCGGACAGAAGCAGCGGGUGUCCCUGGCCCGGGCGCUGUACAGCGAUGCAGACAUUUACCUGCUGGAUGACCCGCUCAGCGCGGUGGACAGUCACGUGGGAAGACACAUCUUUGACCAGGUCAUCGGCCACACAGGCAUGCUGGGACAUAAGACCCGAGUGUUGGUCACCCAUGGAAUCCACUGGUUGACAGAAGUGGACACUAUUGCAGUGAUGGACGAUGGUCACCUCACUGGUGUGGCCACCCUGGACGAGUGGGUGGAGAGAGGAGGCGCCUUUGCACAGUUCCUCUCUCAGCACCUUCACAAUGACCGCGGAGGGGAUGAGGAGGAGGAGGAGGGCGAGGAUGAAAGUAUCAUGGAAGACGGUCACAUCAGCAAAGCCGUGUUUCAACGUUUGGUGUCCAUAACGUCAGAGAAAUCAGCUGAUGAUAGCGCUGGAGAGACUCUGCACAAGAGCGUCCACAAACAGGAGGCAGGCUCUGACGUCACGCUCCAUGUGGAGAAGUCAGGACAGAAGAAGGAGGAGCCCAGCAAGAGCAAGCUGAUCACAGAGGAGGAGAUGGACACGGGAAAGAUCAAGUGGUCAGUCUACGGCGAAGUGGCCAAGGCUUAUGGGAUCGGUUUCACCAUCUUGACAGUUGUCUUUUUCAUCGCCAACGAAGUGGCCCUUGACCUCGGCGACCUCUGGCUAUCCGCGUGGACAGAUGACCAGCCCCUGUCCAACUUCACUCAGCUUCCGGCCAGCAGUGAGGCCAGGGCAGACAAGAAUGAGUACUAUCUCCUGGUCUACACGGGACUUGGCUUAGCUCAGACUGUGUUGGUGAUCGCCUACUCCAUCGUCCUCCAAUGCUGUAAGAUCAAAUCCUGUCGCAAAUUCCACGCCAAUCUUCUGCACAGCGUCCUUCGAGCACCCAUGGAGUUUUUCGACACCACGCCCAUGGGCCGGAUUCUCAACCGUUUCGGAACCGACAUGGAGCAGUUAGACAUGGAGGUGUUUUUUGAGCUGAGGAUUGUCCUGGCUCACAUCUUGCGCAGUGUUGGGAUUAUCGUCAUCAUAAGUUACAGCGUCCCGGUGUUUUUGGCGGUGAUUGUUCCACUCUUGGGGCUGUUCUAUUUGGCUCAGCAAUUCUACAUCCGGACAUCCUGCCAACUCCGACGAAUCACCUCCAAGAAUCGCUCCCCGCUGUACGCACACUUCAGCGAGACCCUAUCUGGCACCAAUGUCAUUCGGGCAUAUCAGGCUCAGGGCAGAUUUAUCCACGAAUCGGAGGCCAAAACCGAUUACUUUCAGAGAGCUGUUUAUGCCUCUAAUGCUGUGAAUAAGUGGAUGCAGGUCCGGAUGGACAUGUUGAGCUACGUCAUCAUCGGCUCGUCUGUUAUCUUCGCCGUCUCCUCCAGAGAUGAAAUGUCGGCCGGUCUGGUGGGUCUCACAAUCACGUAUGCGCUGUCGGACCCCAUGCUGUUUGCCGGCAGUCUACGCCUCAACCUUGACCCCUUCCAAGAAAAAACAGACGCCGAACUGUGGACAGCUCUCGAGCAUGCUCACUUGAAGGCGUUCGUGGAAGAGUCGCCUCAGGGCCUGGAGCAUGAGGUGGGGGAGGGGGGUCAGAACUUGAGCGUGGGUCAGCGACAGCUGGUGUGCCUGGCCCGGACGCUGCUGAGGAAGACCAAGAUCCUGAUCCUGGACGAGGCAACGGCGGCUGUGGAUGUGCAGACGGAUGGGUUCAUCCAGAGGACCAUCAGAGAGGAGUUCAGCAACUGCACCAUCCUCACUAUUGCACACAGGCUCAACACCAUCAUUGACUAUGAUAGAGUGCUUGUACUGGAUAUGGGUCAGAUUGCUGAGUCCGGACCCCCGGCGGAGUUGUUGGCAGACCCCACCUCUGUCUUCUUCUCUAUGGCAAAGAACGCUGGACUUGUUUAGUUGUAGGGAAUACAAUGUUCAGAGCAAAAGAAGAAAUGAUGAUGAGGCGGAGUGGCUGGAUGAAAUGAAAAUGAAUACAUGAAUAAAUGAAAAAAAAA